GUCAAUUUAGAAGCAGCAGCGGCUCAGAGGCUAGUGAGUGAGAUUGAUGGACGAGGCUUUUGGAGAUGAGCUUGAGCAGGCUUUCACUGACUGGGACGCGGAGCAGGACGCUGGCCAGGACGACCUAGAGGCAAACAAGUGCAACAACGAUGACGCGGAAGCAAAUGCGCUCGAGCGCACGAUCCAAGCGACACAGCCGCCCACAGAAGGCUCUGCCGCCUCGGCCGCCACCCCAGACGCGCGGCCGCGGCUGCACCUGCUGCAGUUGCCGCGUGAGAUGCUGCUGCGUGUGAUGUCGCUGCUGCCGGCCACGGGGCUGACGGCGGCGGCGUGCACCUGCCGGCUGCUGUCGGAGCUGGCGUCGGAGGACGCGGUGUGGCGGCGGCUGUACCUGUGCAGGUGGGGCAAGCCCGAGCAGCACGUGCGCGCCAACGGCAAGCAGUGGAAGCGCACCUACCUGGACGCGGACGGCGAGGAGUGGGAGGCCACACGCCGCCAGCACCAGGACCUGGACCUGGACCUGGCGCCCGCACCCAAACCCAAACCCGGUGGUAGCGGUGCCGCCGGCCCCACUGGCGGCGGCGGCUCCAGCAGGGCCGCCGGCCGCUGCCGCGGCAGCGGCGGCGCCGCCGCCGCCGCCGCCGCCGCCGCUACCACCGGCUCCGCCGCGGGCGGCACGCCGGCGGCGACGCCCAGUCGCGGCGCGGCCGCCUCGGCUGCCUCCGGGGCCGCUUGUGGUGCUGCUGGUGCCUCCGGCUCUGUCGCCCCGGGUGCGGUGUCGUGUGUGGGGCUGGGCGCCAUGUUCCUGGACAUGCUGAGGGCCAAGCGCGACACGGCGCCCGACCGCCGCCAGCUGGACGACCGGAUGAUGGGGGCGGACCCGGGGGACAUAGCGGCCAAGGUGGCAGCGUGGCGACGAGCACGUGGCUUCGAGGGCCCAGGCGCGGCGGGCCCCAGCGGCAGCGGCGCCAGUGGCAGCGGCGCCAGCGGCUCGGCACCGCAGGCGCCGCCGCGCCCCGACCUCAGCCACCGCGGCCGCGCCGCGCUCACCUUCACGCGGGUGAACCCCGGCGAGGAGCCGCCCGUGUACGCGUGCGAGCAAACAGGCUGGGUGCACGUGUGCGGCGACGCCUGCACGGAGGGUGUGGUGGACGCCCGCAGCGAACUGCUGGUGUGCCCGGUGUCGGGCCAGACCACAGACCGGUUGGUCCACGAGUGCGAGGAGGAUGAGGCGGGCGGCUGCGGCGGCGCCGGCGGGGCGGCGGGCGGCGAGGAGGACGGCCUGGGACUGGGCAUCACAGCCGGCUUCGGGCGCUACUUCACCGCGGGCUACGAGUGCGAGAACGCGCAGCAGCUCAACAGGCUGCUGGGGUACAAGGCGCUGUGAGAGCGCGCCGCAGGGGGAGUGUGUUCAUAUUGUGGUUGUUUGGGCCGUGGGCGCGGGCUGCAUGUGCGUAUUGCACGCGUACAGCAUUGGUGACUGGUCAGGUGUAAGCGGCCGGCAGUGCGCCGCGAGGCGCUGCAGCGAGUUGUGGGGCAUGCGUCAUGCGCAGACGGCCCCUGGACGACAAGGCGUUGAGUUGGCGUUUGGAGGUGUGGGACGACGUGGGGUUUGUGCCGUCAAAGCACAGAACAGAAGGCGUGACCGUUUUACGAGCUCGUAUGAUGUAGCAUGGAUUGAAUAAUGACAUGUGAUUUUUGUUACAAGCGACGAAUGCGUGGGGUUUUGGAUGGCAGGGGUUUCAGUCGCCCGAUUGCGCAUGCACACGUGACCAAAUUUAUGCUCAAC